AUGAAAGGCGAGGAUAUUGCAGAGGACAAGGCUCAUGUAGAGCACCUGUCAGAGCCUGCAGAUACGAAAGAAGCCCAGCAGGCAUCUGCAGCUGAGCAUGAGGCGACGUUCUGGCAGGCCCUAAAAACAAACCACAAGGCUGCAUUAUGGUCUGCAGCGAUAUCUCUGACGAUCAUCAUGGAAGGAUAUGAUGUUGGUCUGAUUUAUCAAUUCUUUGGGUACCCAGCCUUCCAGAAGACCUUUGGUACGUAUCUGCCGGAGAAAGAGGGAUAUGAGGUCUCUGGACCAUGGCAAGCAGGUUUGAGCAACGGUGCCAAUGCUGGUAUUGUAAUCGGCGGGUUUCUGAACGGCUAUUUGUCCGCCAGAUAUGGGUACAAGAAAGUGAUCAUCGUUGCGCUGUUCUUCAUGAACUGGUUCAACUUCAUCCUGUUCUUUGCCUCAUCGGCCCCCGUUCUCCUGGUCGGACAGAUCCUGUGCGGACUGACGUGGGGUGUGUUCGCAACCACAGGGCCGGCAUAUGCAUCGGAAUGGUCCUAUCGCAUCGCCUAUGCGAUACAAUGGGUAUGGCCUAUUCCCUUGAUCAUCUUGAUCCUAUUCGCACCAGAAUCACCCUGGUGGCUGGCGCGAAACGGGAAAAUCGACGAAGUCUACAAGUCACUAGCCAAGCUAGACAACAGAGACCGCGAGUCACACCAGAAAACGGUGGCACAAAUCCAGCACACCCUCGAGCUCGAAAGGAAGAUGGAGGCGGGAACCAGCUACCUGGAUUGUUUCCGGGGCAUUGACCGUCGCCGUACUGAGAUUGCAUGCAUGGCCUUUGCGGGCCAGGUCCUGUCCGGCUCGCCCUUUGCGUAUGGUCCUACGUACUUCUUCGUGCAGGCGGGAAUCAGCACAGACAAGUCCUACCAGAUUGCGGUUGGAGGGACUGCCAUUGCGUUUGUGGGCACUGUGACCUCGUGGUUUUUGCUAGGCCGCCUUGGCCGGCGACUGUUAUAUGUGGGUGGCGUGGCUUGUCUCACCAUGUUUCUGCUGAUGAUCGGUAUCAUCGCGUCAACUUCGGAGUCCAGCGGCGCCAAAUGGGGCCAGGCGGCUCUCUGUCUCGUCUGGCUGUUCACAUAUUCCACCACCAUUGGCCCUGUCACCUUUACCAUCAUCUCCGAGACCUCCUCCAUGGAGCUGAGAGCCAAGUCGGUCUGUCUAUCGCGGAACGUCUAUAACAUCACGCAGAUCAUUGGAAACAUCGUGGAGCCGUAUCUGAUCAACCCGACUGAGGCCAAUCUAAAAGGGAAGACGGCGUACUUCUGGUUUGGGACGGCCUUUUUAACCACCGUGUGGGCCUACUUUCGGCUACCAGAAUGCCAGGGAAGGACGUAUGAUGAGUUGGAUAUCAUGUUCCAUGAGAAAGUGCCGGCUCGGAAGUUUGCCAGCUAUGAGGUGAAUGUAUAUGACGCGAAUACGCUGCGGAGGAAGUCUGUAUCCCGCCUCAUCUUCUCCUCACUUCCCCUCAACCGCCCUCACAUGAAUGAUCUCGGCCUUUCCCUGACACUACACAAUAUCCUUUACUUUUUAGACACCGGAAUCGGUGCGACCGCCACCACCCAGGAUGGGGCAGUCGACCCUCACACGGCAGAAGCACAACCCGAGAAAGUUCACAUCCGAGGCGUGGAUGAGCUGACAACGGAUGAUAUCAAACAUUUCGCGACCCAACACUUUACCGUGGAACAACCGUCUCGAAUCGAAUGGAUCGACGACACCUCCGCGAACAUUGUCUACUCAUCCGCAGACAUCGGCCUGCAAGCGCUGUCCUACUUCACACAGGUCACCGAGGAAGAAGAUGCAUCUGCCCUACCGGCGCUCCGCCUCCGAUCGGCCAAGCUCCUAUCGACCCAUCCGGAGUCCGUGCUGCAGGUGCGCUCGGCCGUGAAGACAGACCGCAAGAAGCCCCGCGCCUACGAAGCAAGUCGAUUCUACCUCAUGCACCCCGAACAUGACCCGCGCGAACGGUUGCGCCGUGAACUGUCCGACCGGCGACAAGACGACUCGAACGAUGGCGACUACAGACGCAGGCGGUUCGAUGGGCGCGAGCUGCGCCGUCGCAGAGACCGCGAUGCCGACGAGAACUUCAGCGCGAGCAUGUACGAUGAUACCAGAGCUAGCAGCGACGAUUACUCCGACUCGGACAGAUGUCGUGGUGGACGCGGACGUCGAGGGCCCCGUGAGCUGUUCCCCGACGACGGACGCUCCUCCGGUCGUCUGCGGGACCGCAGCGCGUCACCCGGUAGAGAUACCCUGAUGGAUAGUGGCAACCCCGAUCGGGAUGAGCAUGGAUCGCGCAGUCGGUUCCGAGAACGAUCUCCCCAUGUUAGUCGUCGGAACGAAGGCAAGGAGUUGUUCCCUACGUCUGGCGAUUCCAACGCGCGAGAGCUGUUCCCCAACAAACCGGCGUCGAGUUAUCUCAAGAAGGAGCUUUUCCCGAGCAAGGUCAGCAAUCACCGUCGGUCUGAUGCCAUCGACGCGGCCGACGAAACCGCCGAUCUUUUCUCUCGGCGGAUUUCGGUUCCCUUGAUGGACGGUCAGCAGGAUGAUGCGCCGCGGAACAGGAACAUCGAGCUGUUCCCGGAUUCUUCGGAAGGGAACGGCGUUCACAUCCGUGGUGCCGCUGGUCAGGACCAAGGCAUGACGAUUCGCGGCGCCGCGGGCAUCUCGAUCAAGGGACGGGGUGCUUCUGUUCGUGAGCUGUUCCCGGAGAAGUACAAGUCCAACGCUGGCAAGGAGCUUUUCUCCGAUAAGAUCGAGGGACGAGGAGGUCCGCGCCGCAAGGCUGAAGACAUGUUCGGAUGA